GCCACAGCCAACAGCGAAUUCUUCACCUGCAAGAGUUUGUGUAACGUGCGCGUGCGUUGGCUGCGUCGCGCUGAUCGGUCAUUGCGUGAUCAAUUAUCCGAGGAACGCGCGUGGGAGGACAUUUUGGCCGGUCCUCACCAAACUGUUCCGGACUGGGCCGCAGUGCACGCGGGUCUUUGUCCUUCCAGCCAGUCCAGCUCACCCAGCUGGGUCGGAACCAACACGGUUGGUGAGCCCUGCUCUGGAGGCUUCAGACCUCGGUCCGGUUCCGAGUCCCGGUUCAGGUCAGCCAUGUCUUUUGGAUGGCGGGGGAAAGGGUGACGGCCAGGAGAGGACCUCACAAAACAUAAAAACAGGAGCGCGCGAGUGUGUGUGUGAGAUGAUAGUCGUUUGUUCUUCACUCAUCUUAUUGGACGUCGUCACCCGGAUCUACAAGUGUCGCGGCCUCUGAUUGGUUACUUGCUCUCCGCUCCAGAUUCAUUCACUCGUGUGUGUGUGUGUGUGUGUGUGUGUGUGUGUGUGUGUGUGCGUGUUCAGGUGUCUCUCCCCGUCCACGAUGACUCUCACACAGUUCUGGACGGACCCCGACAGCGCACAGUUCCGUCCACGAUGUUCUAGUCUUGGUUCUGGACGCAGCGAUGGAGGAGCAGCGGGAUUCGGACAGCAGCGAGCCGGACACUGUCUCUCCGGGUCAGCUCACUUCGGCCUCCCAGGCCGCCGCCGCGGCCCCACAGAGUCACAGAACCACCAACUUCUUCAUCGACAACAUCCUCAGGCCGGACUUCGGCUGCAAAAAAGAGCCGGCUCCACGGGCGCACACGUCGCGCGGGGAGGGAGUCGAGGCUGCCGAGUUCCCCGGGACUCCGAGCCGUGAGUCCAGCAGCGACAGCUCCUCUUCAUCGCCUUCCUCCUCCUCCUCCUCCUCAUCUCCGCGGCGCCAAAGGUGCAGCGGAGCAGCCGCGGCCGACGGACAGAAGCCCGAGCCCAGCAGCGGCGGGCCGCAGGAGUCCUCGCUGGUGGAAGAGAAGCGGCCGCUCCUGUGGCCCGCCUGGGUCUACUGCACCCGCUACUCUGACAGACCCUCAUCUGGUCCAAGGACCCGCAAACUGAAGAAGUCCCGGGUGUCCCGGGAGGACAAGCGGCCCCGGACCGCCUUCACCGCCGAGCAGCUGCAGCGCCUCAAGACCGAGUUCCAGUUGAACCGCUACAUCACGGAGCAGCGGCGACAGGUUCUGGCGCGCGAUCUGGACCUGAACGAGUCCCAGAUCAAGAUCUGGUUCCAGAACAAGCGGGCCAAGAUCAAGAAGGCGAGCGGCUACAAGAACGGCCUGGCGCUGCAGCUGAUGGCGCAGGGCCUGUACAACCACUCCACCACCACCGUGCACGAGGCGCGCGACAGCGACUGA